AUGACAGCUUCAAUCCCGGCCUCUGGAGGUUCCGGAGUCGCCUUCAUCCACAUCUGCCAGUGGCCCAGCCAGGCCCAGUACGGCCUGACGGAUCCCAAGAGCUUGGCCGAGUACCUCAACCACGCCAACAUCCGUCUGGUCCGGGCCGAGUACUUGUACGAGCUGCUGAAGUCGAAGAGCCUCUUGCCUAGACGCCAAGAAGCCGAGGAGUGGGGCCUGGUGACGCAUGCAGAAGUGAAGGCGUGGGCCGCCGGAACUCGGGAUGCGAUGAUCUGCUCGGUGUCCCACGCUUGGGAGAGUCGGGAGCAUCCGGACCCAUGCGCCCACCAAUUGAAGUGCUUGGUCGACGUAGUGUCGCUUUACGAUGCUGCCUACUUCUCGGAUAUUUGGUUGUUUUGUGACUUUGUGUCUCUGUUUCAGUUCAAGCGGGAGUCGGACGCAGAAGAAGAGAGCUUCCGACGGUCGAUGCAGGACAUGCACGUCUUGUACGCCCAUGAGUGCACCCGAACUUUCCGCAUAGAAAGCCUCACCCCAGACGAUGUCUGGGAAGAGGCGAAAAACACUUCUGAGUAUCGAGUGCGAGUGUACGACUCGGAGCGCGCUUCGGUCCGAGAUCGUCCGCUGAAAGAGCUGGUUGAGAACCGGGUUCCUUACGGAACGCGCGGGUGGUGCAAGGCAGAGGUUGAGUGGUCCUCCGCCCGGAGCCAUUCCCAACAGAACCACUGGAUCGAUGCUCCCGAGUCUCAAGACAGAAACGAGGAACUUUGGUGGUUGCAUAUGCAAGAGCCAGAGCUGCUGGGCAAAGUGCCCAUGUCUCCGGAGACUUUUGCGGAAGAGAUGAACUCGGCCGCCUUCACCCAUCGGUCUGAUGCCGAAGAGGUGAAGAAACUGCAGUUCAAGGUUUUCCUCCAGAAAGUCUCCGAGUGCGAAGAAGCGCUCUUCGAACGUCUGCCCGGAGGGCAGCUGGGGCAGCUGGCAAAGGCCCUGCCUUACUUCAAAAACCUGAGGGUGCUGAGGCUCCGGGAGUUUAAGGUGGGUCGAGCUGAGGCUGAGGAGUUCGCGAAGGCGCUGGCAUCGAACCAAACGAUUCGCGAGCUCGAGAUACGUGGACUGAGACGUGAAUAUGGUUUUCUAUGGGAGGCGAUGAACGAAGCGCUGAAAACCAACUCCACCCUCACCAGCAUCAGCCUCGAAAACAACGACAUCGGCGUGGAGGGUUGCAAGGCGAUCUGCGAAGCUUUGAAGAGCAACUCCACCCUCACCAGCAUCAACCUCCACGGUAACCGCAUCGAUGUGGAGGGUUGCAAGGCGAUGGGCGAAGCGUUGAAGUGCAACUCCACGCUCGCCAGCAUCAACCUCGCAGACUGCCACAUCGGCGAUGAGGGUGCGGAGGCGAUCUGCGAAGCGUUGAAGUGCAACUCCACGCUCACCAGCAUCAACCUCGAAGGCAACGUCAUCGGCGAUGAGGGUGCGGAGGCGAUUUGCGAAGCUUUGGAGACCAACUCCACGCUCACCAGCAUCAACCUCGCAGACUGCUACAUCGGCUAUGUGGGUGCGGAGGCGAUCUGCGAAGCGUUGAAGACCAACUCGACGCUCACCAUCAUCAGCCUUGCAGAAUGCUACAUCGACGAUGAGGGUGGGAAGGCGAUCUGCGAAGCGCUGAAGAGCAACUCCACGCUCACCAGCAUCAGCCUCGAAAACAACGGGAUCAGCAAGCAGGUGCUUGCCGAGAUAAAGACGAGGUGCCCACCAAACGAGGCUCCGGAAGCUGCAAAGGCUUGGACGGGGCGAGUGCGCAUAGAGGACCUCGUUAAGCGACUGAACGUUCUCUGCAACCCCAGCAAGUUGAGCUUCGGGUCGAGUCCUCUCGACGUCGAAACGGUACAGGCGAUCUGCGAAGCGUUGAAGUGCAACUCCACGCUCGCCAGCAUCAACCUCGCAGACUGCCAAAUCGGCGAUGAGGGUGCGGAGGUGAUUGGCGAAGCGCUGAAGACCAACUCGACGCUCACCAGCAUCGACCUGAAGUACAACAGCAUCGGUGUGGAGGGUGGGAAGGCGCUUGCCGAGGCUCUGAAAAGCAACACAGUUUGCAAAAUUGAGCUCUACGGAAACGACAUCCCGUUCGAGCGCCAGCAGGCCCUCGCGGAAGCUACCGGGGUAAGGGGGGGGGAGGCUGUCGGCUUCGUGCUUGUGGGAUUUCUCCACUCCGGGGCAGCGGUAGAGGAUCAGGACUUCGGGUCGAUCUUGGAUCCCGAGGCUGCUUUCAAUGGCUUUCUGAUUCUCGUCCCAGAGCGGAAGCGCCGAUCGCCGAGGAACACGCGACCUGGUCUCACUGCAGAGUGGGGCGAGGGUCUCACUGUAUACGUGCUGACAGAAGUCAUGGAUGAAUCCCACAAUGAGAGAGCCGCAGCGCAAGAGACUCGUGACUGGGACGGCCUUGCGCGGGUGGGCAGUGCAGAAACAAUGGCGGCCGCCCCUCUGGAGCCAGCGCAGCCUCCGCCACAGGCGGCCGCCCCUCCGGAGCCAGCGCAGCCUCCGCCACAGGUGCGUUCCGGAGUCGCCUUCAUCCACAUCUGCCAGCGGCCCAGCCAGGCCCAGUACAGCUUGACGGAUCCCAAGAGCUUGGCCGAGUACCUCAACCACGCCAACAUCCGCUUGGUCCGGGCCGAGUACUUGUACGAGCUGCUGAAGUCGAAGAGCCUCCUGCCUAGACGCGAAGCCGACCCAUGCCUGGUCGACGUCGUGUCUCUCUUCGACGCCGCCUACUUCUCGGACGUGUGGCUAUUUUAUGACUAUGUGUCUCUCUUUCAGUUCAAGCGGGAGUCCGACGCAGAAGAAGAGAGCUUUCGACGGUCGAUGCAGGACAUGCACGUCUUGUACGCCCAUGAGUGCACCCGAACUUUCCGCAUAGAAAACCUCACCCCAGACGAUGUCUGGGAAGAGGCGACAAAUAAUUCUGAGUAUCGAGUGCGAGUGUACGACUCGGAGAGCGCCGUGGUCCGAGACCGUCCGCUCAAAGAGCUGGCUGCGAACCGGGUUCUGUACAGAAAUCGAGGGUGGUGCAAGGCGGAGGUUGAGUGGUCCUCCGCCCGGAGCCAUUCCCAACAGAACCACUGGAUCGAUGCUCCCGAAUCUCAAGACAGAAACGAGAAAUGGUUGCCAUUGCAUGAGCAAGAGCCAGAGCUGCUGGGCAAAGUGCCCAUGGCUCCGGAGAUUUUUGCCGAAGAGAUGAACUCGGCAGCCUUCACCCAUCGGUCUGAUGCCGAAGAGGUGAAGAAGCUGCAGUUCAAGGUUUUCCUCCAGAAAGUCUCCGAGUGUGAAGAGGCGCUCUUCGAACAUCUGCCCGAAGGGCAGCUGGGGCAGCUGGCACAGGUCCUGCCUUACUUCAAGAAGCUGAGAGUGCUGAGGCUGCGGGACUUUAAGGUGGGCCGAGCAGAGGCUGGGGAGUUCGCAAAGGCGCUAGCACGGAACGAAGCGAUUUGCGAGCUCGAGAUACGUGGCCUUCCCUAUAGUGGGCAUGAUUAUGGUUUCCUAUGGGAGGCGAUGAGCGAAGCGCUGAAAACCAACUCCACCCUCACCAGCAUCAGCUUCGAAAGCAACCUCAUCCGAUUCGGUGUGGAGGGUGGCAAGGUGCUUGGCGAAGCGCUGAAGACCAACUCAACCCUCACCAGCAUCAACCUCGAAGGCUGCUACAUCGGCGAUGAGGGUGCGCAGGCGAUCUGCGAAGCGCUGAAGACCAACUCCACGCUCACCAGCAUCAACCUCAAAGGCAACGACAUCCGCGUGGAGGGUGGCAAGGCGAUUGCCGAAGCGUUGAAGACCAACUCGACGCUCACCAGCAUCGACCUCGCAAACAACUCCAUCGGCGAUGAGGGUGCCAAGGCGAUCGCGGAAGCUUUGAAGACCAACUCCACACUUGCCAGCAUCGACCUCAGAUGGAACAACAUCGGCCUUGAGGGUGCGCAGGCGCUUGCCGAGGCUUUGAAGAGCAGCACAACAGUUUGCGAAAUUCUGCUCUACGGAAGCGACAUCCCCUCCAAGUGCGAGCAGGCCUGGGCGGUUCGCAGGGCUCGUGCGUGGUUUCCGAAGCCUUGUCCUCCAGAGGCCCUCCGGGAAGCUACCAGGCGAAGGCCCGGCGAAGGGCCCGGAGAGAGAGGGACUUCUGAGGGCUCCACCUGCCCUACUGAGGCUGAGGUUUUGAUCCUUGAUCCUGAUCCUGAGCUCGUGAGGUGCUCGAGGCCAGUGGGGCAAGCCCGCUUCCACGUCAUUCUCAACCCUAAGCGGACCCUAAACCCCUUAAGCCUUAAACCCUAA